AUGAACAAAAGAUUUCAUUUGUACUUUUGGUCAUUAUUUAGUCAUGCUCAUUUAAAUUUGAGUGGCUGCAUUUCCUGUGUUGCUAUUUUACUGAUUUGUGUUCACUGCAGAUGGAACAGUUAUAAUCAUUUCCCCUGCAAGAUUACUGAGGAGCUAAUUCGGCAGACAGCUGAUGCUAUGGUUUCUAGUGGACUGUCAGCCCUUGGAUAUGAGUAUAUUAAUCUAGAUGAUUGUUGGGCUGAAUUGAAUAGAGACUCUGAGGGCAACUUAGUGGCAAAAGCUUCUCUUUUUCCCUCUGGGAUGAAGGCACUGGCAGAUUACGUCCACAGCAAGGGGCUUAAGAUCGGGAUUUAUGCUGAUGCUGGGACUUUAACGUGCAGCAAGCAAAUGCCAGGGUCUCUUGGUCAUGAGCAACAAGAUGCUAACACCUUUGCUUCUUGGGGUAUUGACUAUCUAAAAUAUGACAAUUGCCACAACCAAGGAGUGAGCCCACAGGAAAGAUAUUCAAAGAUGGGCAAAGCUCUUCUAAACACCGGUAGACCUAUCUUCUACUCUCUUUGCGAAUGGGGCUUCGAAGACCCAGCAACUUGGGCACCUAGCAUUGGGAAUAGUUGGAGAACAACUGGAGACAUCAAGGAUACUUGGGAGAGUAUGAUAUCGCGUGCUGAUAUUAAUGAUAAAUGGACUUCUUAUGCUGGACCUGGCGGAUGGAAUGACCCAGACAUGCUUGAGGUAGGCAAUGGAGGAAUGUCAACAGAAGAAUACCGCUCUCACUUCAGCUUAUGGGCUUUAGCUAAGGCUCCACUUAUUCUUGGAUGCGAUAUCCGUUCCAUGGAUGAUGACACAUUCGAAUUGCUUAGCAACAAGGAGGUUAUAGCUGUUAAUCAAGAUAAACUGGGGGUUCAAGGGAAGAAGGUCAGAAAGACUGGAGAUCUGGAGGUGUGGGCUGGUCCUUUAACUGAGAACAGAGUUGCCUUAAUCUUAUUAAACAGAGGUUUAUCGAGUGCUACCAUAACUGCAAAAUGGGAUGACAUUGGGCUCAACUCAUCUACAGUAGUCGAUGCUCGAGAUUUGUGGGCGCAUUCAACUACGAACUCUGUCAAAUAUCAAAUUAAGCGAACUGUUGAAUCCCAUGCAUGCAAGUUUUAUGUCCUCACGCCACAGUAG